GAUGACAAAAAUUAAAAUAACUCCCCUGGCUGGCAGCGCAGAGGCUGCACGAUGCCUGGAGUUACUGUAAAAGACAUGAACCAACAGGAGUUCUUUCGAGCUCUGGCAGCCUUCCUCAAAAAGUCCGGGAAGCUGAAGGUCCCAGAAUGGGUGAACACGGUCAAGCUGGCUAAGCAUAAAGAGCUUGCUCCCUUCAGCGAGAACUGGUUCUACACACAAGCUGCUUCCACAGCACAGCACCUGUACCUUCGGGGUGGUGCUGGGGUUGGCUCCAUGACCAAGAUUUAUGGAGGACGUCAGAGAAAAGGUGUCAUGCCCAGCCACUUCAAGAGUAUGGCCCGCCAAGUCCUCCAAGCCCUAGAAGGGCUGAAAAUGGUGGAAAAGGACCAAGAUGGGGCCGCAAACUGACACCUCAGGGACAGAAAGAUCUGGACAGAAUCGCCAGACAGGUGGCAGCUGCCAACAAGAAGCAUUAGAACAAAUUAUGCUGGGUUAAUAAAUUGCCUCAUUCAUAAAAUAAAAUAAAAGUAAAAAAUAAA